AUGGGUCGUAUGCACAGCCGCGGUAAGGGUAUUUCAGCUUCUGCCCUACCUUACAAGAGAACUCCUCCCAGCUGGCUCAAAAUCUCCGCUCCAGAUGUUGAGGAGAAUAUAUGCAAGUUUGCAAAAAAGGGAUUGACUCCAUCGCAGAUUGGUGUAAUCCUUCGUGACUCUCACGGAAUUGCUCAGGUGAAGAGUGUCACCGGAAGCAAGAUCCUUCGUAUCCUCAAGGGUCACGGGCUUGCACCAGAAAUCCCCGAGGAUCUGUAUCAUUUGAUUAAGAAGGCAGUUGCAAUUAGGAAGCACUUGGAGAGGAACAGGAAGGACAAGGACUCCAAAUUUAGGUUGAUUCUGGUGGAGAGCAGAAUUCAUCGCCUUGCCCGCUACUACAAGAAGACCAAGAAGCUCCCGCCCGUCUGGAAAUACGAGUCUACCACUGCCAGCACACUUGUGGCAUAG